UCGAGUACUCCUACUACAAGACAGGCGUGUGUUACACCAUGGACCCAACGCACUCUGAAGUGUAUCGCUCGUGCGGAGAGCCUUGGAAAUACAGCGCCACGUUCAGGCUGGCCACAGAGCUCGAAGGUGUUCCGGCCAAAGAGGCUAUCAUGUCCGCCCUCUUACACCAACAGGGACAGUUCACGGGCGGAGUCAGCAGUAGCGCCAUGUUCCGACCCGGAAAGCGCUACGUGCUAAGCGCGCAACAGACGAAUGUACUUUCCCUAAAAACGCCGUACGAGACUCAGUGCACUGACUAUGAAGAAAUGACGAAGCGAUUCAACUACACAAAGGACGUUAUUCAACAAGAGGAAUGCAGCGAAAAAUGCCUCGCCGACCAGUGGAAGAACCAGUGCGACUGCUACCCCAAACUCUACUCUAUGAAGCACGUUCUGAAAGGAAACCUGUGCGAAUACCUGGCCCACUUGAAGUGCAACGACUACAUGAAGACGAUGAACUGGCUACCUUACUGCCAGAACCAGUGCACCAGGCCGUGCAGAGAGGUGCGUUACAAGUCCUACAGCUUCCAGACAGGAAGCGUGAAGGAUUACAAUCGGUAUGGAAACAAAGAAAUAAAAGUGACCGUCGUCCUUGGCACAACGAAGCGCCGGAUCGUGCAGACCCUUCCACGAAUGCUUGGCUCAGACCUCGUCACGUACUUCUCUGGUCACGUGAGUAUGUGGCUAGGAAUCUCUCUGCUGCAACUGGCCGACAUCCUCUGCAAGAUGUACAAGAAGCUCUGCUCUUUGAGGGAACCUGCAACUUCGAUGCCAACACUGUUUUAAGGACACAAAGAAGAUGGAUCGCAUGCACCAGUGGUUGCCCAGAGAAAGUGUUUGUUAGCUAAUGUCAUUUAUUAUUUUUGUAUGCUUAGUGCGCGCAUUUAUUCUUUAAUCACAAUGAAGCUACUCCGUAAGUAUCAUAGCGCAGAUUUUAGAAUCUCAGAGAAUCUUCACACAUAAAUUAAGUGAUACUAAAGCCGUAGUUAUAGGAGAUCUACUCCUGUGUACCUGCUUAAUGCUACUCUUUGUAGUUGAGGUAGACCCGCAUAGUUGAUCGGCAUAAUAAGUUCAAAAUAAAAGGCUUGUGA